AUGGCAGUGCCAUUAGCUGCCUUACAACUUAGCUCACCACCAAGCCUGGAGAAAAACAUUCAUAUCAGCGACAGAGAUUUAGAAAAAAUUUCACACACUGAAAAUGACAUUUUGCCAUUACAUUCACCCUGGACUUUCUGGCUUGAUAGAUCUCUACCAGGUACAACAGCAGCUGAGUGCGAGUCAAACCUGAAGAAAAUCUACACAGUGGAGACUGUUCAGAACUUUUGGCGAGUUUACAACAACAUCCCAAGUGUUUCCAGCUUGCCUUUGAGAUGUAGCUAUCAUCUGAUGAGGGGAGAAAGGAAGCCACUCUGGGAAGAAGAAAGCAAUGCUAAAGGCGGUGUUUGGAAAAUGAAAGUGCCCAAAGAGUGUACGUCUUCUGUGUGGAAGGAGUUGCUAUUGGCCACAAUUGGAGAACAGUUCAGCGAUUAUUGUGCUUCAGGAGAUGAGGUAGUUGGGGUCAGCAUCAGCGUACGGGACAGAGAAGACAUCGUUCAGGUCUGGAAUGGGAACUCUUCCUGUGCCGACGAGUCAAACAUCUUGGGAAAGAUCUAUGAGCUCCUCCCUCAGACACCUUUUAAAGCUGUUUUUUAUAAACCACACAAGGAGCACCAUGCUUUCGAAGGAGGUCGAACAAGACACUAAAUAUUUUGCACAUUAGAUGUUUUCAGUUGUGCAACAAUCUUCUCUGCUGAUAAAGUUAUUACAGACUACUCAGGUAGACUACAAGUUGUUAUAGUUUCUCUUAAGUACCUCAAUUUAGCCCAAGUAUUUUCUAUCAGUAGAAAUUCAUUUCAUCUGAGCAUCACUGACAUUUAAAAAAAAUUACAGUUUAUGGAGUAGUUUAGUUUUAUGGUAUCUUCGAAUGUAUUUCUGUUUUUAUUGCACUGUAAAGUUUUAUAAACGCAAAAUAGAUCUGUCAGUUUUAGAUAAUCUCUGACAUCCAAUGUGUCGUUAACCUAGCAUAGAUCUUUUUGAUGUAAUUAACGACAGGUACUGCUGAUUUGUAUUAAACAAAUGAUCUAAGAUGAUACAGCUACAUAAUACAUAGGUGAUACGUUCUGCAAAAUUUCUUUUUGAGUUAUAUUUAGGAAAAUGUCACAUGCACUACAGAUGGAAAUCCUUUGUACCAUGUAUCAUCUUCCUUGUGUUGGAUUUUUGUGCAAAGGAACAUGCCAUUCUUAGAAUAUGUAGCAAAACCCAAAACAUGCUGUGUAAUGUUUACCUAAACCUUACACACAGUAAUCUCCAUGCACAAAAACCUUGAUUACAUUCUUGGAAAUAUAUGCAAUUACUUUUAACUAGUAGAAUGUUCUUUGUUCUAGUUGCCAUUUUUGCUCUAAAUUAAGCACCUUGUUUCAUUUUUUUAUCUGUGUGCAAGAAAUCUGAUAAUUAUGGGACAUUGUGAUACUGGAGACCUAAUACACUUUGGUUUUGUGUCACAUUUUGAUGGCAUGAGAAGUUUCUCUGCUUGUUUUUUUUUUUUUUGUAAUAGUUCAAAAUGUUGUUGUCAAAGGGGUUCUCUGUUUUUAAUUGACUUCUGUUCAGAUUAAAAUUCUAACUGAUCCUUGGAGAAAAAACUGAGAAACUUGUGCAGUUAACUGUCACAGGAGUUGUUCAUAUCUUAUGUUGCUGGCUGUAGGUGUAUAAAGUAAAAUGAAAAAAUCAAAGAUUACUGGUUGCUUCAACACAAAAUCUCCUGCAGUUUCUCUGAUAUUCAUAAGUGUGGAUUUCAUUCCAAGUAGUAUGACUAACACUGUACUUUUGUUUCCUACGAGCAGGUACAGCAAAAACAUACAUCAACAAAAACAAAUAAAAUUUAAUACAACACACUUAAUCAAACUUAACUUCAUUUUGUCUUUGUUAGUAAUUCAUAUGCUCAUUCAAAUGUACACUGUUGUUAAGAACAAUAAUGUUCUUGUCCUGCACAUAUAUACUGCUGACAGAUGACUUCAGAUCAAAGAUCUUGUAACUGAUUGUUAAUCUCAAAUUGUGCCUUGUUUAUUGAUUGUUUACGAUGUUAAAGUUCUCCCUAUUUGUGGUUUAAUUGUGCACCUAUUCAUGUUUCACUGUUAGAUUUUCAUGUGUUGGAAAUGGAAACAAUAAAGAUUUCUGAACUUUUA